AUGGGGGGGCGCGGAGGAGACGCCGGAAGUAGCGGUGGGACUGGAUCGACCCAGGGCUACUCUCCGCCGGCAGCGUCCACCAGAGCGGCGGCGAGAGGCAAGGCCCGAGGGGGUGGGCGUGGCGGCCGCCGAAACAGAACACUCUCUGUUUCGGCUUCUCGCGGAGCAGUGAUUCGUCGCUCCCCUCUACCAGGUGCCAUGAGCGAGCGCCUCCGCCCCAGGAAAAGGAGAAGGAAUGGCAAUGAAGAAGACAACCAUCUUCCCCCGCAGACCAAAAGGAGUAGUAGAAACCCUGUCUUUCAGGAUUCCUGGGACACAGAGACAGUACCUGUAACGAAAAACAGUAAAGAAAACAGACUAAGAGGAAACAAAGUAUUCUGCGCGUCUUCAAGCAGUGACAGUGGUGGGAGCAGCAGCAGCAGCAGCAGCAGCAGCAUCAACAGCCCCGACAGGGCCAGUGGGCCAGAAAGCAGCUUGAACCCGAGCAUCGCUGGGUCCAGCCCCAACACUCCUCAGCCCGGCCCCGAGCCGUCUGCACUAUGCCAAGGCCUUUACUUCCGCAUCAACCAGACCCUGAAGGAAGCCCAUUUUCACAGCCUACAGCACCGAGGCCGGCCUACAACAUGAUGCGCCUGUAGCUUCUUGCCUUCUGUGAAGGGACAGCGCUGUGCAGAUUUGAUAUUUCAACUUACAGUUUGUUUUAAAAAAUUGCACACAAAAAUCGCCUGUUGGCUUUUUGGUCUAUAUUUGAAAUAACAGGUUAACAGGCAAUUGUUUACUUGUGGUUUUGCUGCACUAUUGCAAUUUCAAAGGGGCUUUGAAGCAAUUUUUUAUAGGAGUCUUUUGAGGGUGGGUAUCAGAUCCGUGUCAAGGUAAUGGUAUUGAGGAAAUCUCAUCUGCGUGUUGAAUCCAUAGUAUGUCCAGUUCAGACUGAUUUCCAAAUCUGUCAAUUAGAAAUUCCACUUCAUGUAAAAAAGCCUUUUAAAAGCGGGAUCUUCAAUUUUUUAACUCAAUAAACUAGUAAAGAGUAUCUAGUUUCCAUGAAAAAAUAGAAGUUUUUUUCCAAAAUAUAGAAAGUUUGAUGCAGUCUUGCACUGAAAUUAACUGCCAUACUACCUCUUAGUAUGUGGAUGUCCUAUUGAAAGUGCUCUCUCCUUUGUAACAGGAGAACAGUCAGGUCCAGUUUAGACCGUGUAACUGAAGCACCCUCUCUAAUAACUGACUUCUGUUAUAUAUUUGUAUUUCCAGGGAGAAUGUCUUUCAGACUCUUGUAUAGCCAGAUAAGUUCUGUAGCAUUAUUCCUCCACAGUCUGCACUUCAGACUUCAUAGAAACAUAAACAUUGCAUAAUUCCGAAGAAGAAGAAAUACCUAGUAACUCUGUCUUACUCACAAAUGUAGUUAGCAGCUGACACGAUAUCAUUAGUGAUUCCACCCUGGUGUGUUUAGUUAUGAAGGCACUGAUGAACGCUUACGAAGUGUAAGCUACCUAAACCCGACGUCUAAAGUAACAAGUGCUGUGAAACUACUUAAAGUUAACUCUAUGUUUAAAUAACCCCUAAGAGUAACUAGGGGCCACAUUCCAUCACUGAAACUGAAAAUAUUGAUGUGGCUUAGAAACAAGUGAGCAGAGGCACCUUUAGAAGGAAAUAAUGCAGUAGUAUUUAUUUAGCGAUGGAGAUGUUCCCGUGUUACUUAGUCAUGCUAGAGAGCCAACCAAGUUUGAAUAAUGAAGGCGUAGAAGAGUCUUCUUCCUCGUUGAUGAGCUGUCGGAACACGGAACCAGGAUGCACCGGGUCAUCUGCCUGGGGAGGAGCUGGGGAUACAACCUGCCAGUGGAUGUAGAGGAAAGUGCCUUAGAGUCUACCUGAAUCCUCCGGCCUGCUCACACCCUCCAUUCCACUCUACUCGGAGUCCACACAGCACACACAAGCAGAGCUGAAACACAUGGUUAGCUCUAGUAGAGAGGGCUCCGCUGCUUGUCAAGAUUUGCAAAAUACAAAGGAACAGAAUCAGAUUUUAUAUGAUAACUAAAAUUUGAAAAUGAGGACUAUCCUAGGAAAAGGGUGAAUCUCCUUUCUAUGGUUUGUUCCUCCAGAAUGGAGGGAAUUUAAAGGUCAGUGACUUGAAGAGGAAAUUUAGGGUUACAGGGGAAAAGUUAUGGCACAGGCCCACACUUACAGAGUGGAUGGUUUCUGCAAGAACUGUUUUUUAAAACCAGAUUCCUGAUGAGGAUUUUGGAUCUUAAUGGGUUUGAUUGCAGGGAAUAUGGAAAGGAUAAAUUGCUAAUAUUUUGUCUAACAGUAAAACAAACAACUAAAUGCUGUAAGACAAGCUGUUUGGGCUCUCAAACACACGUGUACAAAACAAAUUCAGAAAUACCAAGGAGGACUCCUGCAGGCUUAAUGGAUGGCAUCCUACUGAAACAAAAUGUGUAUUGAAAAGAAAAUGUCAAACUUCAGAAAGCAAAUUUCCUUUUAUUUCCCACCCAACUAAAAGAUAAGGAAGAUAAAAUCAUCACCAGAACAAAAUAAACCUUUUUUUCCAAAUAAGUACAAUCUCAGUGCUGGGUUGGCAGUUAGCCUUUGUAACCUGCUAAAUACAAGAAAUAAUCUCCAUCCUGUCUUGCAGAUUUUCUACAGCCUUGGCAGCCUGAAAUACAUUUCUAUUGUGAGGUCACUUGAGAGUGUAAAUGGGCACCUUUUACAACUUUUAGCUCAAGCUAGUAAAACCUUGUACUUCUCUAUUGCGCCGCCAUUAAAAGCUGCAUUAGUGCA